GGCGUCAUCGGUCGGCGCGCGGCAGCAUGGCGGCGGUGGGGCGCGUGGCGGCGGCGCUGCAGGAGGCGGGAGCGCUGCGCUUCGGGGACUUCGUGCUGAAGAGCGGCCGCUCAUCUCCCGUCUACAUCGACCUCCGCGGCCUCGUCUCACACCCCCUCCUCCUCCGCCAGGUCGCAGAUCUUCUCUUUCAGACCGCCAAAGGUGCUGGGCUCGAGUAUGACUGCGUGUGCGGUGUGCCUUACACAGCGCUGCCUCUGGCUACAGUUAUCUGCUCGGAAUAUCAGGUUCCAAUGCUCAUACGGAGGAAGGAGGCAAAAGAUUAUGGUACUAAGCGGCUGGUAGAAGGGACCAUUAAUCCAGGAGAAACAUGUUUGAUCAUUGAAGAUGUGGUAACAAGUGGAUCUAGUGUACUGGAGACUGCUGAAGUUCUUCAGAAAGAAGGAUUAAAAGUCACAGAUGCCAUAGUGCUGUUGGACAGGGAGCAGGGUGGGAAGGCCAGGUUAGAGGAACGUGGAAUUCGCCUGCACUCUGUGUGCACGUUGUCUGGGGUGCUGGAGAUUCUCCAGCAGCAAGGGAAAGUGGCCACUGAGAUGGUUGAAAAGGUGAAGAAAUUUAUUCAGGGAAAUGUCUUUGAGCCAGUGGCUCAGAAUGGUCCCGUUCCCCUCAAGAGACUCUGUAAGGAGCUGAGCUUCAGUGCUCGGGCCAAGCUGCCAGGGGUGCAUCCCACUGCGGCCAGGCUUCUUGCCCUCAUGGAGAAGAAACAGAGUAACUUGUGCCUUUCUGCUGAUGUCACCGGCUCUGAAGAGCUGCUGCAGUUAGCUGACAUCCUGGGCCCCAGCAUUUGUAUCCUGAAGACUCAUGUAGACAUCCUGAAUGAUUUUACCCAGGAGGUAGUGAAGAAGUUGAGAACUCUCGCAGAUCGACAUGAAUUCUUGAUUUUUGAAGACAGGAAAUUUGCAGACAUUGGGAACACAGUGAAACAGCAGUAUGAAGGUGGUGUGUUCAAAAUUGCAUCCUGGUCAGACAUCAUUAAUGCCCACGUGGUUCCAGGCCCUGGGGUGGUGAAAGGGCUGAAGGAAGUUGGUCUUCCUCUCCAGCGUGGCUGCCUCCUGAUUGCUGAGAUGAGUUCCCAAGGGUCACUUGCAACAGGGGAGUACACAAAAGCUGCAGUACAGAUUGCUGAAGACAACCCGGAUUUUGUUUUUGGGUUCAUAUCUGGAUCUAGAGUUAGUAAUAAACCGGAAUUUCUUCACUUAACUCCAGGGGUGCAGCUGCAAACUGGAGGUGAUAACCUUGGACAGAAGUACCUAAGCCCCGAGGAAGUUAUUAGCAAAAAAGGUUCAGAUAUUAUUAUUGUGGGACGUGGCAUUUUGUCAGCUUCAGAUCGUCUUCAAGAAGCAGAGAAGUACAGGAAGGCAGCUUGGGAGAGCUAUGUAAACAGGCUUGGUGUUGAUGCAGAAGACUGAAAGCAGCCCACUUUCCUAGUCAGGAAACAAAGCUGGUGGAGCUGCAGUUGUUGUGAGGCUUCCUGUUAAAUACAUGAACACUUCACCCAGUCAAAAACUGCCCUUCUGGAGAAAAACCUUUUCCUAACUACGUGAUUUUUAUUGGCAUAGACAGGUCAAGUUGUACAGGCUGUGGCUGUUGUAGUAUUUGAAUGGAUGAAACCAAAACUUCCUGUGCAGUUUUUUCCUUAAUAGUUUUACACCACUGAGAAACAGUGCAUAGAACACUCCAAUGAUAUUUGGGUGGCUUGUUGUUGCCUUUGUUUCUUUUCCUCAUUCACAAAUUCCUUCUGGCUGAGGGAACUAUUUUUACUGUUCAAUAAACUUCACCUGCAGACCCGACCUGCUGGCCUGUUUUAUAGGGUUACUCAGCUCUGCUGUUUUGAGGGACCAAGUGUGGGUCUGAGUCUUUGUCCCACACUGUGAAAUUGAAUAACAUGGUGUUUAAUAAAUAUGUUUUUGCAACUGUUUUCCUUUCAUUGGAUCUAUGAGUAUUCCAUCUAUGUCAAUGUGAAAUCCUGUUUUCAGAAUCCCAUUACAAAAAGUAAUUCCAUUUGUGACUGCAGGAAGUGCUCAUGAUUCUGUUUACAGGAGCUAUAAAGAAUUUGUCAGAGCAGCUUGUUGUGUGCUUAAUUACAAUAGAGCUGUUGAUUCCUCUAAUGAGAAACAAAAAGGUGCUUUGUUUAUUGACUUUUGUUGUUACAAAAGCUGGAAUACUUUCUGGAAUUUGCAUUCUUCAUGGUGAAUACAGAGUAGAAAUAUCUUGGAUGACUGGUUUUUAUUAGAAAGGAUGGAAUAACCUUGAAUACGUCUUGUAUGUGUGGUGGAAAUGGGUAUCCUUGUGGCCUUAGAAAUUGGUUAUUAUAGAGAGAAUAUUAAAAUUUAAAAUUAAAUAUU